UCGGAUAAAGUUGAUGUAAUUGUGGUCCGUUAUCGAAAGAAUUACCCUGAAUCGUUGAUUUUUAUGUUAUUUUUUCUUCGAUUUUGCUAUUGAUCACAGCUUUUUCCUGGUUUUUCCCAUUCAUCACAAUCUUUUUUUCUGUUCCUCGAGCUUUAUAUAGACUAGGAUAUGGGUGUGGGUGUGAGUGUGGGUAUUUCCGUCAUUCACACACACUCACACCUAACCACACCCACACCCCACCCACACCCCACCCAAACCCCACCCACACCCCACCCACACACCCACACACCCACACCCCACACCCUUCAGUUCGGUUCACAUUCGGGCUCUGAUAACUUCGUACUUGAAAUGUCGAAAAAAUUAAUUUCUUAAAUAUUAUGAUUCGUUCAAUUGUUUCGAAGAUAAAUGUUCUCAAAAUCUGGCAGCACUCAAGAGAGUAAGCGCCAUGGUAAAGAUCAACCUUCAGAAAAUUUCGAAUUGAUUCACGCUAGAAGGCGAGACACGCUGAACGAUGAAACGGAUGAAGAAGACCCAAUUUCACUUCAGGAAAACAAAGAAGAUAUAUCAUUAUUAUGGUUUGACAAAAAUUUAAAUUCAAAUAUCGAUGAUAUUCGGCUAACUAAAGAUUUGCUUCGACAAAUUAAUAAUUAUGUUUUAUUUUUUACGGAACCUGCUGAAUGUUUACAAUACAUUAAAGAUGUAAAAGAUGAAAAAAUUAUUUUGAUUAUUUCCGGAUUAUUUACAAAAGAUGACGAUUUUUUAAGACAAAUCCAUGUAUUUCGUCAAAUUGAUUCCGUGUUUAUAUUUUGCAUUGAAAAAGAAAAAUAUGAAAAUAUUUUAUGGAAUUCUAAUUAUUCCAAAAUAAUCGGUAUUUUUACUGAACAAGAAACUUUGAUGAGAAGUAUACGUCAAACAAUAAGAUUAGUUGAACAACAAUCUGCCGUCUUCAACUUAUAUAAUCAUACACAAAAAUCAAUACGCAAUUUGACGAACAAAUCAGGUUCAUUUGUAUGGCAUCAGCUAAUAAAAGAUGUUUUACAGAAAAUGCCGGCAGAUACAACAGCUGGAAAACGUGAAAUGCUUGAUAAAUGUUACACAUAUUAUCGUGGUAAUAAAAAAGAAUUGCAAAAUAUUCAAGAAUUUGAACGAACUUACACAUCUGAUGAUGCUAUUCGAUGGUAUACAAAAGAUUGCUUUAUAUACCGAUUGGUCAACAAAGCCUUAAGAACAGAAGAUAUUGAUGUCUUAUAUACAUUUCGAUAUUUUAUCAUUGGUCUUUCUGCAUGUCUUGGUAAAUAUCAUCAAUUAUGGAAACAGUGUCAAAAAAUAGAAAUAUUGAGAUUAUAUCGUGGUAUCAAGCAAACAAAUGACGAGACAAAACGCUUGAAAGAAAGCAUUGGUAGCCUAAUAUCAACAAACGGAUUUUUCUCAACAACCAAAAGUAAAUCAGUGGCUAAAAUAUAUGCUGGCAUCGGGUAUAAUGAUACUAAAUAUGAAUCGUUGCUAUUUGAGAUUGAUAUAGAUACACAAACUCAUGCAAAUUGUAUUUUUGCUGAUAUAAGUUCUUAUAGUCAUUUUGCUGACGAACAAGAAGUUCUAUUUGAUCUGGGUACUGUAUUCGAAAUUGUAUCUGUAGAUUACAAUUCGACUGAUAAAUAUUGGAUUUGUAGAAUGAUGACCACAAGUCGAGGUAUGGAAAUAGCUGAAGAAUAUUUAACAUUUCGUAAAAGUGAAAUGACAGGCACGAAUGUUGAUUUAGUCAUUUUAUUUGGACAUCUAUUGUAUGAUAUGGGAGAAUAUAACAGAUCACAAAAGUAUUUCGAAAAGUUAUUAACUGAUCGAGGCAACGAUGCAAAUGUAUACUUUGGUAUUGGUCAUGCUCAGUAUAUCAAAUGUGAAUAUCAAGAAGCAAUCAAAAAUUAUAGACAUGCAUAUAAUAUGUGCGAAUUAUCAGACUUCCUACUGAUUACAACACUACUAAAUUAUCUCAGUAUUGUUCACAGGUACAUUGGACAGUAUGAUAUUGCUUUAAAUUACUUAUCUGAUGCAUUAAACAUUCUAGACAGAAACGAAUCUAGCCGCAAAUCUGACAUACUUCGUGCCAACAUUUUACAUAAUACGUCACUAGUUUAUCGAUUUCUAGGAGACAAUACAAAACCUGUGGAGUAUGCGGAUAGUGCGCUUCAUAUAAUAGAAAAAUUAGUGCCAUGUCCUUAUAUCGAUUUAAUCGAUGUUCUUACCACCGCAGCUCUUACUUAUCGAGAGGUAGGCGAUUAUGAUAAAUCAUUAAGAUAUCAAACAAAAGCAUUAGAAAUAGUUAAGCAAGUUCUUCCUGAUAAACACCCAUAUCUUGGUAUAGCACUCAAUAAUAUUGGCAAAGCCUACUAUAAGAAAUGUGAUUACGAAAAAGCAAUGCAUUAUUUUGAACAAACUACGCAAGUUUUUGCCCAUGUUUGGCCGGAUUAUCAUCAACGGCGAGCCAUUCCUUUGAAUCAUCUUGGUAAAAUUUACUAUCGAAUAAAAAACUAUGAUCAAGCCCUAAAUUAUUAUUCACAAGCACUGGAUAUGUUAGAGAAAACUGUGUCUAUAAAUCAUGCUGACAGUGCUUAUACACUAAAAAAUAUGGGUGAAGUUCAUUUAGAUUUAUUAGAUUUCGACAAAGCGUAUAAUUACUUUUAUCGAGCUUUGAAUAUCUACAAAGAAAAAUUUGGUAGUAAUACUGACCAGCGUGAGAUUGCUAAAUGUUACCAUUUGAUUGGUCAAGUUUAUCUGAAACAAAAUGAUUAUGAACAUGCAUUAGAAUAUUUUCAUGUAACACUGAGUAUGUGGCAAAAAACAUUGGUGGACAAUCAUCCAGAUUUGGCGUUAUGCACGAAGAAUAUUGCUCAUGCAUAUUUACUAAGAUCAGAAUAUCAAAAAGCAUUAGAAUACUUUUCCAAGACAUUGCAUAUAUAUGGAACAAAAUUACUACCUGACGACGCCAGAAUAAUAGACGUUCAAAACUUGAUCGCAACUACAGAGGAGCAAAUCAGCAAGAACAGCUAAGCCGCAUACUUCAAUUUUUGAACUAGCAACAUGAAUAAAUAAAAACUCUUAAAAUAUGCUUCGCUCUACUUUUCGAUCAAGCAUGAAUUUCGUACUUAUUUGCUAGCGGAUAACGGUUGAGUGAAUAAUGGGUGUGAGUGUGGGGGUGGGUGGAAGUGCAGUGUGCUGGGCGUGGGUACAGCUGGGUGGAAGUGAGCGUGUGUGGAUGAGUGUGGGCCUCGGCGCAAACGAUGACCACACCAACACCGCCGAAUGUACAGUGUGUUGCAUAACCUUUACGCCCCACUCUACAACUUAAACUAUAAAUG